AUGGCAGAGAAUAGGAGGAAUGGCAAAGAAUCUAAUGAUGAUGGUGGGGCUCAUGAGGAUCUGGAUAGAGGUCCUGCGUCCCAGGCAGCCAUGGCUAUGGGUGGAGUAAACUCAGAUGCACUGAGAUCCAACAGCUCUUAUGCUAAGGCGGUAGGGAAUGCAUCAUGGCCUACGAUCGACUCUCUUCCAGAACCGAUUCAAGCAGGGGAGAUUAGAAGAAUCAUAAUCCCUCAACAGGAUUACGAAUCUAAGAGGCAGUCUUUUCGAUAUUCCCUUAUUCGAAGGGUCAAUUUCAAAGCUAUUUCGUUGGAUGCUCUAAGAAAGGAGGCCGCAGACAAAUGGAACCUAAACCAGAGGGUUACUAUACAUCCCCUUGGAAAGGGUUUUGUUAUCUUCCAAUUUCAAUGUGAAGGGGAUAAGGCGGCAGUACGGAGAAGAAGCCCUAUGAAAAUAGGCUCGCAACUCAUUCGUUUCCAACACUGGAAAUCGGACUUCAACAUCCAUGUUAAACAGACCUGGUCCAAGCUAAUCUGGAUACGAUUUCCCGACCUCCCCUUAGAAUAUUGGCAUGAGAAUGUUCUCUUAUCCAUUGCAAAAGCUGUGGGGAGACCUGUUGCCCUAGAUCACCAUACCAAGCAGGGAUUAAUGGGUCACUAUGCUAGAGUACUGGUUGAAAUGGAUACUACUGAAACUGCAUCUCUCAUAGAGGAGGUUCAAGUUGAACGUCUCGAACCCGGUACAACGAGAGUUUUUGGAUUCAGACAACAAGUCCAGUAUGAAGAUGACAUUAGUCGAUGUGGCUUCUGCAAGAGGUUGGGACAUAAGGUGGGAGAAUGUAGAUCCAAGAGGCUUGAAGAUGAAAAAUAG